AUGGCUUUGAAAGGAGUCUUCAAGGAACGACUUCUUCAGAUCGUUUCGGUGGCUACACAGGUGGCCAUAUCUCGGCGAGUGCAGAGGUACAAGCUCGCAUUGCGCGGGCGUCAAGACGCCGAAAACAGGCGAACAAGAUCGACCUCGGACCAGUCAACGCCAAUGAUAUGGGGAUGGAGUGUAGACGCAUCGUAGAACGCGUUUUCGUUUGAAGUUGACGUCUUGUUUGAGAGUAGAUGUGACAGAUUUGCGUAGAAUAGGGUAAGAUGUUAUCAUGAACGGAGAUGAAAGGGCUUUUCCAACACGGAGAUGUAGCAUGGAUCAAAGCAUUUGUUGGAUUUCAGCUUUUACAAGCGGACAUCAACGCAGUAGUAUUUUAGCAAGCUUACGAACGCAUAUAGGAUACCAUCAGGAUU